ACCAAAUUUACAAGAGAAAGGGGUGUCGUCUCGUCUCCUUUUCCGCGACACCUAACAUCUGUUUGAUUUCCUAUUUCCUCUCUUCUCAAAUUGCCUUCUACCCCUCUUCUUUCACUUUCCAAAAAAAAAACAUUUCUUCCACAUUCCAAUACAUCCCAACACCUACCCUUUUUUCUGGUACGCAAUUGAAAGUUUCUUGAAAAAUAAUCAAAAUGUUUGGUUUUUUGAGAUCGCCCGGGAAUAAACCAAAUGAUGAAUCCAACGCCAAGCAAACGCAUCAAUCUACUGCGAAACGAGCUAAUUCUGAACCCAAUCUCAAUAUCCCCGAUGACAAUUUUGACGAUUAUGGUAGAGAUAAAUACAAGAAUGGAUUUCGUGACUCGGGAGGAUUGGAAAACCAAAGUGUUCAAGAACUCGAGAAUUAUGCCAAGUAUAAGGCGGAGGAGACGACAAGUUCUGUUAAUAAUUGUCUGAAAAUUGCUGAAGAUAUCAGACAGGAUGCUACCAAGACUCUGGAUAUGUUGCAUAAUCAGGGUGAGCAGAUCAAUAGAACCCACAUGAUGGCUGUCGAUAUGGAAAAGGAUCUUACCAAGGGAGAAAAGCUUUUAAACAAUCUUGGAGGAAUGUUCUCUAAGACUUGGAAACCUAAGAAGACCAAGCAAAUAACAGGGCCAAUGAUUACAGCAGAUAAUCCAUCAAAGAAAAAUGAAAAACACAAAGAACAAAGAGAGAAACUUGGUUUAGGAGGUAAACGGGGGCAUUCAGCUCCAGUAACACCUCCUUCCGAACCAACAUCUGCCAUACAAAUUGUAGAGCAAGAGAAAGCAAAGCAGGACGAUGCACUUUCAGAUUUGAGUAAUAUACUGGGUGAUUUGAAGGGUAUGGCUGCUGACAUGGGAAGUGAAAUUGAAAGGCAAACCAAAGCCCUUGAUUAUCUUGGUGAUGAUGUGGAUGAGCUGAACUCUCGAGUGAAAGGCGCCAAUCAACGUGCACGCCAUUUGGUUGGCAAGUGAGACUGUAAAGCUACGAAUCACCAAAAAUUUUCCCUCGUUGUCUAUAUAGACAUACUAUUAUUUUGUCUGUUAACAGUAUAAUGCCUGUACAGUUGUGUAAAAUUGGGCAAAGUUAGUUUACUCAUUCUGAAUUUACAAUGGAAUUUGUUUGCGUUGGAA